AUGAAAGGGGUGGGAGUAGGUAGUAGGAAGAGGGUGGAGGCCAAGGUCUUGCUAGAUGUUGGGCUUGGGAGGGGGCAAAGACACGCACCAUGCCGUGUAAGUUACGGUCACGUGUUUGUGAGGGUAAGAAAGCUGAUCUUAUUAUCCCCCUCCCUACCACCAUGUGAGAAGAGUCUUCUAAUCUGCAACAAAAUCCACUCUACUUUCACAAAGAAGAUGAUAACAAAGAAGAUGAAGAUGAAGAUGAAGACGAAGAUGGUGAGGAGGAAGAAGAUGAAGGUGGUGAAACAGUGGAAACAUGAGUGUAUAUGGUUGAGGGUGUUGAAUGAGUGA